AUGGCACCUGCCAUCCUUUUGCAUGGCGAGAAGAGCAAUUUUUCCAAAAGCGGGGUGCCAAAGAAGCACAGUUUUUACCUUCAUAGUCGCAACAACGAUGAUAACGGUGCAUACCCGGAUUUCAAAUCCAUUCGGACGAAUGACCCCCCGGGGGCGGGCGUCCAUUCGGGGAUCCCCGCUGAGAGGGACAACUUUGGGAGCGGCAACGUUUGGAGAGGCCAGGUUCAGAGAGGCCAGGUUCAGAGAGGCCACUUCCAGAACGGGUACUUUCAGAGCAGCCGCUUAGACAGCCGCUUGGAGAACCGCUUGAACAGCUUCUUGGACCGCUGCCAAGACCACUUCAGUCGCGCCCGACAGGAAAGGAAGAAAUCCACGGAUGGCGAACACGGCCAACCUUCUAGCUCGAACCUGCCGAAAUGGCAGAGCAGAAGGUGA